AAAAAGUGACUGAAGCUCAUCAACAUUGCUCAUUGGUUGGCUUGUCAUUUCAACGAACUAGUGCCAGUGUAUUCAACUGUUUUGCUCAUUUCAACCCUUCGAUACAUUUUGUUCAACAUUUUAUCCUUUUCCAAAAGUUUUAAAGUAAUCUUGAAAAUGAAGUUCUUGAUUGUGUUAACUGUUUUAUCAUCUGUUUCAUUGAGCUUUGCUGCUGAAACUAAAGAUCUUGUCGUUGCUGAAGCAGCUUAUUCAUCAAGCUAUGGAUAUCCAUCAUCAAGUAGCCAUGAUGAUUAUGGUAAACAUGCUUCAUCAUGGGGUGACCAUGGUCAUGGUGCUUAUGGAAGUCAUGAUGCUUAUGGUGACAAUGGCUGGGGAUCAAAUGGAUUGAAAAAGUAUGGCGGUUGGGGCUCAAAUGCUGGCUAUGGUGGUCAACAUGGUAGCCAUGGACAUAAUCAAGAUUAUGGACUUUACUCAAGAAACCGAGGUUACGGUUACGAGAAACAAUGGGCUUAUGACAAGGAAUACGCUAAGAAAGCUCACAAUGGCGGUUGGGGUGACCAUGGAUCUAACUGGGGUCAUCACAAUAACCAUGGACAUCAUGGUCUCGCUUCUCACAAUAAUUAUGGCCACAACAAGUAUGGCAACCAUGAUAAGUACGGAAACCAAGGCCAUGGACGUUAUGGUCACAUUCUUGGUACUUAUGGUUCAUCAGGCCAUCAAUAUGCUGCCCCAUCUUAUGGUCAUUCAUCUGGUUACGGUGAUCACGAACCUUAUGCUAGUGCACCUGUUGGCGUUACCUAUUAUUAAAAUACAUCUAAACAACCGCAAUUGUCCGUUAACUCAAGUUAUUUUAAAAAAACCCUUUUAAUGUAAAAAAGUGACGAAUCGACGAAAUCAUGAAACAAACACUGUAAUUAGAUCAUAAACAAACAAAUUUAUAUUUUCAUUUUUAAUAUAUAAAUACUAGCCUCAAGAAACUCAUGUUAUAUUUUAUCACGAUACAUUCAAACCAAUAUGAAUAAUAAAAUCAUCUCUUGUUUACACGAAUCAACGUUUCUUUAAUGCUUGCUUCUAAACAUGCUUUACAUUGUGAAUUUUAUUCCAGUUUGUGAAAGCCUGAAUAAAAUGAGUGAUUAUUGAGAGUUAACUAUCAUCGAGCUUUUUAUUGACUGAAAUUUUCAUGUUUCCAAUUAUUCAUAUAAAUAAUGACAGUCGUUUAAUAUAAUUCUGUUAGAAGUAUGAGUUGCAAUUGGCUAUAAUUUGAGUGAAAGCAAAAGAAUGUAAUCCAGAGUAAAUUUCACGUCUAAAUCGUUAUUGUCUUUGAGCCUUCUGUCUUUGAUCUCAGGUAUCUGGGGUCUUGCUUGUUUAUCUUGAAGGCUUCGGGUGAAGAGAAAUUUUUGUAUCUCGUUCAAAGUAUCAUCGAUAUCUUUUACAGUUGCAGCCUGAUCAGGAUCGUUCUCUGGAUAAAUUGAACAAAUAGGUGGACAAAACACUUGAGCUGCACGUGUGAUAUGCCGGGCAAUAUUAACUUCACCAUAAACAGCUGUGCCAAGAGAAGGAUCGAAAAUCAUGAAUGGUUGUUUAUUAAGCCAAGCUUCUUCUGGUGUAAAUCUCCUAACGAUCAAUGUAACAAAUAGCUGGUUAUCCUGACGAGGUAAAAUAGUCGAUUCAAAAGUUUCAAACAUUCUCCAUUCGUCAACAUUCGUCUCUGAUUCAACCAAAACAGUAGAACUGAUGUAUACUUUAACAGCUAUCCUUAAGCCAAAAUUUUUUCGCAAAUGAUUAAUAACUUUUAAAACUCGUAAUGGUUUGUAAUCAAAGUCUACUUGGAUUGAAAAAUCUUGAAC